AAAGAAAAAAGUCCGAUGAACGAGACGCCAUGGCCUGGCUGGUGGCUGCCAUGCCGAUUCGCACUCUCGCAACGCCAGUGCGCCGCGGCAGGAGAAGCUGGGGGAGGUGUAAAAAGAUUGCCCACGCGUGGGGCAGAAUGAUGCCGCCGGCGGCGCGCGUCCGGCGCCUGGCCACGGCGGCCGCGGCGCCGCUCUCCGACCUCACGGACGCGCUGCUCGCCACCCGCCUCGCCAACCACCUCCUCACCACGCCGCACAUCCCGCCCGCGCUCCUGCCCGCCACGCCGCUGCCGCUCCCCGUCCGCCUCCACGUCCUCCGCCACCCGGCCCUCCCGCCCACCUCCAAGCUCUCCUUCUUCCUCGCCGCCACGCCGCCCGCCUCCCCGCACCUCGCCGCCACCUUCCCCGUCCUGCUCCGCGCGCUCGCCACGCACUCCCCUCCGCUCCUCGACGCGCUCCUCCCCUUCGCGCUCUCCUCCCCGUCCCCCGACGCCCUCCUCCCCGGCCUGCUCUCCGCGCUCCUCUCCGCCUCCCGCCUCGACGCCGCGCUCGCGCUCCUGCAGGACGCCCCUCCCGACCUCCUCCCGCGCCUCGCCGCCGCCGCCAUCCCUUCCCUCAUCGCCUCCCCUGACCCCCUCUCCGCCGUCCCCGCCAUCCGCAGGCUGCUUCCCAUCGCCUCCCACCCGCCUCACGUCCGAGCCACCAACCGCCUCCUCCUCGCCCUGUCCAAGGAGAACCUCUACGAUGACUUCUGCCAUGUGUUCGACGAAAUGUCAAGGAGGGGCCUUCCUUCCAACUUGAGGUUCUACAACAUUUGCAUCCACGCCUUCGGCAAGUGGAAGCGCCUGGAUAAGUCGCUGAAGCUCUUCGCGGCUACGAAAGCUGCCUCUCCUCCGCUGGUGCCAGAUAUAUGCACGUACAAUUCGGUCAUUCGUGUUCUUGUGAUUGGCGGGAGGGUGGCUGACGCUUUGCUGGUCUUUGAUGAAAUGAAGUUGGCCGGGAUCCACCCAGACGUGUUCACUUACCGCGCGGUUGUGGAUGGGUGCUGCAAGAGUUUCAGGAUGGAUGACGCACUGCGUAUGUUUCAGGAGAUGCGCGGGGGCACCGGGCUGAAGGGGGAUGUCGUGGUGUACAAUUCGCUUCUAAAUGGACUCUUCAAAGCAAAGAGGCUUGAUGAGGCAUGUGGUUUUUUCGAGACAAUGGUGGCGGAUGGGAUCCAAUGCUCAGCGAGCACACACAACACCGUGAUCGAUGGGCUGUUCAAGAAUGGGAGGGCAGAAGCCGCAUGUCGGCUGUUCUAUGAGCUAAGGAAGAAAGGUCAGCUAUUGGAUGGGAUUGCAUACAGUAUUAUGGUAAGGGAGUUCUGCAAGGAGGGCACAGGGGACCAAGUUGCAGAGGCAGUCAGUUUGGUCAAGGAGAUGGAAGACCGGGGCUUUGUUAUUGAUUUGGUUACCGUUACAUCAUUACUUCUAGGUUUUAACAAGAGUAGACGGUGGGAUUUGGAAGAGAAGAUAGUGAAGAUCAUAAGAGAUAGCUCUGUCUUGCCAGAUGCCAUUCGAUGGAAGUCCAACAUGAUGGAUGCCUUGACAGGACCACAGGAUAGAGCGAAAGAUGGAACAUCAAUCUUUCCAUUUGAUGGUAAUAUGAACGAUGUGAUGAGUUUGCUCAAUCCUGCAGUAUGCACUGAUACAAAUGAAGGAACCACACACAAUGAACCCAAGGAUGAUUGGUCUUUGUCCCCACACUUAGAUCAUCUUGCCAAACAUGCUGAUCAUUCAAAUAAUUCUGCUAUAUUUACAGUGCACAGAGGUCAGAGGGUGGAAGGCAUGGGGGGUAAAACUUUCGAUGCUGACAUGGUUAAUACAUAUAUGUCAAUCUUUUUAGCCAAAGGGAAGUUGAGUGUAGCCUGCAAGUUAUUUGAGAUCUUUACAAAUCUGGGAAGGAAAGGGACAAGUUAUACAUACAAUUCACUGAUGACCUCAUUUGUCAAGAAGGGGUAUUUGAAGCAGGUCUGGGCAGUUCUUCACGAGAGGGGUGGACAACUCUGCCCCAAUGACAUAGCAACAUACAACCUGAUAAUUCAGGGUCUUGGCCAGAUGGGGAAAACAGAGGUUGCUAGCUCAAUCAUGGAACAAUUGUCAAAGAAAGGUGUUUACAUGGAUAUUGUUAUGUACAACACUUUGAUCAAUCAAUUGGGAAAGGUCGGGAAGGUUGAAGAAGCAAACUGUUUGCUUGAGCAGAUUACCACAAGGGGCAUGAAACCAGAUCUUGUUACUUUUAAUACCUUGAUCGAUAUUAAUGCGAAAGCUGGUAGGUUGAAGGAAGCCGACAAGUAUUUGAGGAGGAUGAUUGCAGAAGGCAUUGCUCCAAAUCACGUGACGGAAACAAUAAUGAUUUUCCUUGAUAAGGAGAUUCAAAAGAAAAAACAGCAAUCUAAAUGAACUACCGAAAAAGCAUGAAUAAUAUCAGUGCAACGAAGGCUUUUUCAAGAUACUAUAUUGGCGAAAAGGAACAGUUGUUGUAACAAACUCUACGGAGAGGUAGCUCUGUUGUGAAUCGAAAAUGCCAUGAGGUAAACUUUGCAAUAUUUUGUCUUAAUUUGAGAUUUUUUUUUACCAAAUUUUCAUUUACUACCUUCAGAGAGCAUGACGAUAUCAGGUGAAUGAAAAUGUAAUCAUGCAUAGGCUAAUUAUAGUUAGUUUAUUCGAUUGUGAGUAUCUGUUGGGAAGUCCGUUGAAGAAUGCUUCCUUAGAUGAUUGAAUGAUGGGAGUAUGUACCUACAACUACAGUUUUUUUUUAUGUUUUUCGUUUUUCUUAUGUGAAUUAUGAAGUCAUGUAUUUCACAUGUAUCCUAAUUUAUUAAGUGAUAUUGUAUGAAACAUACAAAUGCCGUGUGAUAUUUGAUAUAUAUGAAUAUUUGGACGGCCAUUAACUUGCUUCAUUAUGUUAAUAUAUGAAGAUUCCCCCUUUUUUUAGAUCA